AGGUCACCGAACAGUUGCGAGUUCCCCAGGAAGGUUCCUUAAAUUACACAGGUACAGUGAACUCGCCUCCGUCAACCACACCGGACGAGACAAAAUUUUCAUCGGAAUUGACGAAAACCCCGGAUAAGACUGCUUAAUACCUGGAAUAGACUACUUAUCGGCUUAGACAAGACUACGGUCUAGACAAAUACCAGAAUGGACGACAUUCUUUUAGCAAGGCUUAGGCUCAUUAACGACAAACUCACAACGGACUUAGAAGUAAUUCCGGUUACUGUUAAUUUAGAAAAUUUAGCACAGGCUCAGAUUACCUACGCUAAAUUAGAAGCAUCACUGAAAAGACUUAACGGAGACCUGACGGAGUACUUUAGGCUGGCUUCGACGCCCGCAUCUGAUGAAAUCUGCUUGAUAAGUGGACUUCAACUUCAAGCAGAAGAGACUUUAGCUGAACUUAAGGUGAAGAUCGACCAAAUAUCUACAUCAAGCAAACCAUCAGAGAAGCUGACUGAAGCGAACUCCUCGUGCAGACUUCCUAAGCUUCAGCUGCCGGUGUAUAAUGGGGAUGUGCUGGCGUGGUAUGAAUUUUGGGAUGCCUUCAGAAGCAACAUCGAUGCAAGGAACCUGCCGGAUGUGGACAAGCUUUCGUAUCUUAAGACUUCAGUCACGGAAGAUGCCAAAAGAGCCAUUGACGGUCUAGCGACUACUAGCACCAACUAUGCUAUUGCGGUUUCAAUACUGAAGGAAAGGUUCGGGAAAACUUCACAUCUCAUAGAUGCGCAUUAUGCCACAUUAUAUAAAAUUAAGAUGGCCAAAGGCAAUGCGGAUGAUUGCAGAAGGACUUUCAACGAGAUUGAAAGGAACCUUAAGAUUUUAGAAUCACUAGGUGAGAACGUUAAUCAUAAUCACCUGCGCUUCAUGCUACUAGAGAAGUUUCCUGCUGAUCUAGUAUAUGAGAUAAAACUUAAAGUUAAGGAUGAUUCCAUUCAAGAACUGAGAAGCCAACUGGACAAAAUAAUCACUGCCAAGGAGGAUGCGGAGAGGUUAUAUACCUAAUGUCAAGAUGAAGAACUUACCCGAGUCAUAUACACUAGCAGACGACGGGUCGCUAAGCGGACCUGUACAGAUCUUGGUUGGAAACGAAUAUUACUGCAACAUAACUUACGA